AUGGCACCAUUCAUGUCUGCACUAGAUGCCUCAUCCUACCAAAGCCCAGAUCAAAACGGGUCGUACUCUCUGCUCCGCGAGAAAACAGUUCAAGCAAUGAUUGAAAGAGGAAUCGACCGUCCUACAUUGGCUGAGUAUGGCAUAUCCUGGGGUGAAGAUCAGGAUCCAUUUGGACACGUCAUGGCUCAAACCUAUCCACAUAUCGGCGCGAAGUCCUUCACUCGCCUCCUAGAGUCUUUCCAGGAGCAGCUGAAAGACAGAUACCCCGAUUUCAUGGCGGGCCGUGGAAUAAGUGUCAUGACGAAUAGAUUGAACCAAGCAGGAAAGCGAAUGGUCAAAUACCCUGACCUGCUUAUUUCAGGGAUUCGGAUUGCAGAAGUUCAAUCAGACAGGUUUUUCGUUAUUUAUUCGAUCUGGUCCGUGUCCCAGAAUACCCUGGUCUGCGAAGUCAACUCCUGGAUUGUUUUCGUCAACCAGAAGACACAGAAAAAAGUCAAUAUAAUCGAGGAAGGUGGAGAAUACAGUGAACUACAUGCUUCCUUGGUCAGGCGGGCUGCAGAAUCGCAGCAUACACUGAAGAUAUGGGAGGAGAAGCAGAAGGCCAGAAGCAAGACAGCAAAGCUCUGA